AUGAAACAAAACGGCUUGCCGUCGUUUCGACAGCGUGGCCUAUCUAGUCUCAACGUCCCUCGUCGAUAUCAUCUUCCCCUGAUCCUCCUCCGUACUCUCAGUCUACUUCCUUCCUUACUUGGCGCUUAUCAUAAUACUCGAUCCGCUUACAAUGUCCCCAUCCGCGAUUCAGGUGGUGCCUUGAUCUUGAAGAGCACGCAAAGCGACUUUUGGAUUGCCAACUUUUGGUGUGCCCUGGCUGGUUACUGGAGCUGGAUCCUCACCACCAGCAUGAUGCGUCGAUGGUUGUACCACUACGAGAUCAGCAACGCCACUGUACGAGUUAUCACGUUGACGGUUAUCAAUGGGUCAAUCUCGGCAUUUGUCAGUUCAAGGUUGGAGCGCGAUCAGCCCAUUGCAAUAUGGAUGACGAUUUGCUUUAUUCUCCUGGUCUGCAAUAUUCUCAAGCUAUGCUUCGGCACCAAUCCCAAGUAUCACCGCAAGGCUGAGGAUGUACAGAGUCCACGCAUCAAUCUCAAAUCAACAGCUGUCAAAGUGCUCGUUUUACCACUUUCAAUCGUCACCUUUCUCACCAUGUUUGUCGCCCUUCAACAAAUGGAUCGUCUUCAAUAUCAAACAUCUCAACUUAUGCAGCAACCUUUUGGCCUGGAUCAUGUCGUCGAGGCAGGUGCAAGCACGUCUAUUAUCAUUCUCAUCUUGUCAUCAUGGUCAAAUCAAGCCUAUGAACGACGAAGGAUGCUGCGUCAGACAUCAUUAAAGUUACUCGGCAAUCAGAACGUUGCAUAUCGAUUUGUACUUGGACAGCCACCAUCCGCUCAUACGCAAAUGACCAUGGGUCCAAAGAUCGAACUUGAAUCAGCAUCCUAUCACGACAUGUUGGUGGUCCCAGCAGCUGAUCCCGAUUUGCACAAGAGCAGAAAAUUGUAUGAAGCCAUGCGAUGGUCACGGGAAAUGCAAUACGAUUACCUUGUCAAAACGGAUGAUAACGUCUUUGUUCGAUGGGACGUUGUGGAGGAUGAAUUGGCAACCUUGGGAAAACAAAAAGAAUAUUGGCGAGGACUUGUGUAUAGAAACAUGGCACCCGAUGCAUUUGGAGCUGACAAAAGUAUGAAUACGGAUUAUCCAUUACCGAUUCUUCCACCCUAUACUUCGGGCGUCAUGUAUACGCUUUCACGUGAUAUUGUUGAUCUGGUGGUGGGCAUCGAGACUCCUCAACGUUUUGUCGCUGCCGAUGAUCGUAACCUUGGUAUUUGGCUCUUUGGAUACGACAUUUCAGUCAUCCAUGAUGCUCGCAUUCAAGAUGGUGACGCGUGUGAAGCAACGCAAAUCGCAAAGCGGUUCAACGAUGCUCGAUUGGGUGACAUGACGACCAUGUAUGAAAAUGUUGUCAGUGGAAAGGCACAAUGCACUGGUUUGGAUACUGGGGUAUGUGGCGUAUGCUAUCCAUGCCACGAUAAGCGAGACGAUUGGAGAGCGAUGAAUUUGGCAUGUGACGAGUUCCGUGGUAUCACUAUGAAUAAGCAAUCCAACUAUCUCAAGGUGUCUGGAGCCAAAGUGAGAGAUGACUUGGAGCCAUCCGUACUUGGAGAAAACGAUGCUUGGAUUAUUGAUGGCGUGCUUUCACAGCGAACCAGUGUGUAUUCGGAUACAGACAAAUGGCAUUUAUUAUAUUGGGUAUGUUGGACCAGUGAUCCAUCCACAUUUACGGAGCGACAUUGGCGAGCAUUGGAAUUGGUGUGGGUGCAUGAACCUCAAGCUAUCAUUUUCAUGAUCACCAACACAUUACCAACGGAUUUCUUUGACGAAUAUCGACAAUACGGCUACAAUAUUCACGUGGUGCACUUUAACAAGGAGAACUUGCUCACUUGGAAUUGGUACUUUGGACCUGGUACUGAGGAUUGGCUACGAGAAUGGGACCGUUGGGCUGAAGGAAAGUUCUUUUAUUGGCAUCUCACUGAUUACAUCCGUUGCCUAUUGCUUUACAACUAUGGCGGCACUUAUAUGGAUAUGGAUGCAUUAUGGAUUCGUGUACCUCCCGAUUCGGAAAUGGAGUUUAUUGGAUCAGACUACUCGAGCCUUAUCAGUGAUCGCGAAUGGACGUUGGAUGAUGAAGGCUUAUACCUACCACAAGGAUUGUUACGUUUCAAACGUGGAUGGAAGUUGUUCCGUGAAAUGUGCGAAGAUGCAUUCUCUGCCUAUGCUUACGACCCUGAAUGUUUCAAUUGUCAUGGACCCAAGGCUAUUACAACUUACGUACGACAACACCGAGCAGCAUUGGAGAUGGGUGGAUUUACUAUUUUACCACGCGAAGUGUUAUAUCCAGCAAGCUAUCUUGAGAUCAAUCGAUUCCUUUUACCCAAUCCAUUGGCUGAGCACGAGUUACGUACCAAGAUCAUGGUUCAUUCAUGGAAUAUCCACCUCUUUGGCAAAAUGACAAAUCAUCUUCCCAUUCAAGAAGGAAGCAUCGUUGAUCGUGUCUUGCAACUCUUUGAUCUCGAUGUUCCACAUACCGAUAUCAACUCUCACGCCAUCCUAAGCUCAUCCGGAUCACGUGUUGUGCCCAUGCGCUUACGAGGUCCACGCUCCUACGUUUACCGUUUUAUGCCAUCCUUUACAGUAUUGCCAUCCGAUGCAUUGGAUAUGCGACGUCGUGCACUACAACAUCCUACUCCAGGAAGAUUCCAAGGUUUGGAUCGUAUUUACAUCCGUGGUGGUCCUCCUGUUGUCGAGCACGUGACCAUCUCAGCCGAAGUAGCCUUUGGCUCUCUCACAUUGGAUACCAACAACACUAUUACCGAACAACCACAACAACAACAACAACAGCCAUCAUUCAAUAGCAAAUCAAUCGAGUUGCACAACGCAAGUCAAAAGGAUGUCAAUGCACUCUUGAACAAUUUAUCGUAUUCCCCUAGCAAGCUAUUGGCUGCCAAUGGUGGUCGUGAUCGUUUGAGUAUCUCGGUCAAGUACAGCACUGGAGAACAUGAUGAAUUAUUGGUAGAUAUCAUUGUAGUCGAGGCUGAGGAGGAUGAUUAG